AUGGGCGAUGGGUGGCUGCCUCCGGACUGCGGCCCCCAGAACCGCUCCGUGGCCGGGGUGACGGCCGUGCCGCCCGGGAGCAGACAGCUGCCCGCCGCCGAGCUGUCGCAGCAGUGGGCUGUGGGCAUGAGCCUGCUGAUGGCCCUGGUGGUGCUGCUCAUCGUGGCCGGGAACGUGCUGGUGAUCGCGGCCAUCGGGAGGACGCAGCGGCUGCAGACCCUCACCAACCUGUUUAUCACCUCGCUGGCCUGCGCCGACCUGGUGAUGGGGCUGCUGGUGGUGCCCUUCGGGGCCACGCUGGUGGUGCGGGGCACCUGGCUCUGGGGGUCGUUCCUGUGCGAGUGCUGGACCUCGCUGGACGUGCUCUGCGUGACGGCCAGCAUCGAGACCCUGUGCGUCAUCGCCAUCGACCGCUACCUGGCCAUCACCUCGCCUUUCCGCUACCAGAGCCUCAUGACCAAGGGUCGGGCCAAGGGCAUCAUCUGCACCGUCUGGGCCAUCUCUGCCCUGGUCUCCUUCUUGCCCAUCAUGAUGCACUGGUGGCGGGAUGACGACCCCCAGGCGCUGGAGUGCUACCAGGAUCCGGGCUGCUGCGACUUCGUCACCAACAGGGCUUACGCCAUCGCCUCGUCCAUCAUUUCUUUCUACAUCCCCCUUCUCAUCAUGAUAUUUGUGUACCUGCGGGUGUACAGAGAGGCCAAGGAGCAGAUGAGGAAGAUCGAUAGGUGCGAGGGCCGGUUCUACGGCAGCCAGGAGCAGCCGCAGACGCCCCUGCCCGCUCACCCUCACCACCAGCCCAUCCUCGGCAACGGCCGGGCCAGCAAGCGAAAGACCUCCCGCAUCAUGGCCAUGAAGGAGCAGAAAGCCCUCAAGACUUUGGGCAUCAUCAUGGGGGUGUUCACCCUCUGCUGGCUCCCCUUCUUCCUGGUGAACAUCGUCAACGUCUUCAACAGGGACCUGGUGCCGGACUGGCUCUUCGUUUUCUUCAACUGGCUGGGCUACGCCAACUCCGCGUUCAACCCCAUCAUCUACUGCCGCAGCCCCGACUUUCGGAAGGCCUUCAAGAGGCUGCUGUGCUGCCGCCGGAAAGCCGACCGGUGGCUGCAGGGCGGCGGCGGGGAGCUGGCCCGGCUGCCCGGGGGCUUCAUCAGCACCGUGGGCUCCCCGGAGCGCAGCCUGGCCGGGACCUGGUCCGACUGCAACGGGGGCACUCGGGGCGGCAGCGAGUCCAGCCUGGAGGAGAGACAUAGCAAAGCCUCCGACUCGGAGUCCAAGGGUCCAGCUUAGGUGGGAAAUUUAUGGCCAGAACUUGCUCUGCUUGCCCUGCUGAAGAGCUGUACUGGGUGAUGCAUCUCCUGGACAAGUGUAAUGGCACUGAGGUAGGAUGAGU